AACUAGGGGGGGGGGAGAAUUAGGGCACCUGGACCUCACAUGUGCAGGGCAGGCUGUGCUCCUCUGUGACGAGACUUUAAAACUGUGUCAGAGACUACAAAUCCAUGUCCUGGUGGAUAUUUCUUGCAGUGCAGUGAGAGCCACCCAAAGCGAGAGGAGCGCAGCGGUGCAGCAGGACUCCUGGCUGCCGGGUUCGGGCUGCUCACUGCGGCCACACUCAUAUCACUUCGCACCCCCAGCGGGCGGCGACACGGUUUUUUCCUCCACAGCUUGUCACCUGGAGCCUGUAGGAUGUGUGUGUGUGUGGUCAUUUGUUUAAGCUCCUACAGUAAGAGGGCGUAUCCGCUUUCAGAGAGAGGCUGAGCGGAGGGAGUGGGAGGGCUUUUCUGGGUUUUCUCUUCGGUUUGAAACAUAGGAAGAAAGCAGCGAGUCCACGCCGCCCACUGAACACGGCGAAGCGCGUAACCGCCGCCGCUGCCCCGAUUAAACCCACGGAGGAGCGGAGGAGAGCAGACACCCACAGGCAGACAGGGGAGGACUGCUGCUAUUAUCCGAAAGAGGAACUAAAAAAAAAAAAAAGAAAAAUGAUGGAGGACCAUGUUGCCACCAAAGAGCUGUGACAUCACUGUGAAGUCGUGGAUGUUGGUGGACGCCGGGCUUUCUUAACUUCAUUUGGAGUUGUGCAGCCUUUCUACGAGAGACCCGUUUGACGCACCUCGUCUUAAAUAACUGCUUUUGUCUGCCAGUAAAUAUAAUUAGGGACCACCUAUCUUUUAAAAAAUGGAGACUCUUUCCCAAGAUUCCAUUCUGGAGUGCCAGAUCUGCUUUAACUACUACAGCCCUCGCCGGCGGCCCAAACUCCUGGAUUGCCGACACACGUGCUGCUCGGUGUGUUUGACCCAGAUGCGCAGCAGCCAGAAGGAGAUUCGUUGCCCCUGGUGCCGUGGCGUCACCAAGCUCCCGCCGGGCCUGUCCGUCUCCCAGCUCCCGGAUGACCCGGACAUCAUCACUGUCAUCGCCAUCCCUCACGCCUCUGAGCACACGCCCGUCUUCAUCCGCCUCCCCAGCAACGGCUGCUACAUGCUGCCACUGCCCAUCGCCAAAGAGCGGGCGUUAGGCCUGCCGGGGGAGCUGGGAUGUCGUUUCCUGCCCGGUGGCCAACAGAAGGGGGUGACGGUGGUGACCGUGCCGGAGCAGCAGCCUUUGGGCUUGGCUAUGGGUUUGGAGGGGGUGGGGCUGGAGGGAGGCGAGGUCGAAAGGAGAGUUACUGGCCCGGUGGGAGGAGGGAAGGGCUCCACGUGGUCCGGCGUGUGCACCGUGAUCCUGGUCGCGUGCGUGCUGCUCUUCCUCCUGGGCAUCGUGCUGCACAACAUGUCCUGCAUCUCCAAACGUUUCACUGUCAUCUCCUGCGGCUGAGGGCUGGGGGAGGCACCUUGGAUUCCUCUCCUCGGGACGGUACUCUGCUGAGGAGAGGGGACUAAACUCACAUCAUGGGCAUCCAAGGAAACUUCAGAGCAAUGUAGGAUGAACAGAUGAAGAAGAAGAGGGCAGGGAGAAAAUCCACGAACAGUCCAAUUUUCUUUAUUUGGGGGACUAAAAUUAAAAUGGAAAUACAGAUACAAACCUUUUUUUUUUUUUUUGCCGGCCCUGAAACUCCCGUCCUUUGUCUGUCCUUACAUUUUGUCUAAAAGAACGCUUUGGGAAUUACUCCAGUCAAGUUUUUGGCCAGCCGAUGUGUUUUUGGCUAGCUGAUGUGUUUUUGGCCAGCUGAUGUGUUUUUGGCCAGCUGACAUGUUUUGGGCUUCGGGCCGAUCUGACACUCACUCACACUUGCGGCUGUUGGAUUGCCUGUUUAGUCUGUGGUUUGUAGAAGUGCAUCCGAUAUCAUAGUGUUGUUUAGCUGAGUAUAGGUUCCAAGUGCGGUGUCUCCAGCUGGUGCUGCACUACAAAGAGUCCGGACUUGGCUGCUCUCCGUCCUCUGAUAGCUGCAGGAAUUAACUGUGCAGGAUCAACGUCUGGCCCCAUCUUGGGAAAUUUAAAAUCAACACAGCUUUUUUCUCCUUUCAUACAACCUGUUCCUGUUCAGAACGAACUGUUGCAAUAAUGGCUCUGUGUAGUUAGCAAAGGGAUUGUUGUAAAAGAAAGUCAAAACCUGGAUUGUGUUGUUCAUUCUUGCCAUCAUAUUACAGGCCUAAACUUAAAACACAGGUAGUAGUGAGUUGCUUUAUUAGGUCUUAAAAGGUUUCAUUGCUGUUACAAUUAGGCAAUGAAGAGAUUGGUCGGUAGUAAAAAAUUGUUUAUGACAUUUAUCAAGCAAAAAAUGUGUUUUCAGCUUGUUUUGCAGGUUUUUUUCUCUCUGUUUUAUAUGUUUUUAAAUUCAAUAGCAUUGGGUUUUAGGUUGUUGGUUCGGACAAUGCAAAUAAUUUGAAGACACUUUGGCUAUCAAAAAUUGCGAUUGUCACUAUUUUCUGACAAUUUCUCCACAAAAUGAUUAAUUGAAGAUCUAAUUGAUUGACUGUUUAAAAUGAUCACUAGUUACUGUCCUGUUUUGAAUGUGGUGAGACAACUUUGUACAGCCUAUGGUAGGAUACUAGCAGCUAAAAAAUGUACAGGCUAUCUGAUAAACAAUGAAAUUGCUUAACACGCUGUAUUUAGAACUGAAGAAAUUUAAAAGGAAUAGUUUGACAUUUUGGGAAACUAUUCACAUUCUGUCCAAGCAGUAGAUCGAUACCACUCCACACUGUCUGUGUGCUACCUACGGCUCAACAGCCAGGAGGUGAUUAGCCUAGCUUAGCAUGAUAUGGAACAGGGGGGCAGUUAGCCUGGCUCACUUUAUCAACACCUGUUUAAUUAACACGUAUCUCAGUUGUUUAAUCUGUACACAAACAGAAAUGUAAUUUUGUGCUAAGUGCUACAUGCCACGUGAGUUACAUCACAUUAACUUCCUAUAUAACCACAACCUAAUUGUUUGUAUAGUAUAACA